AUGACGACCAUGCAAAGCUUGGCCGGUCAAAUGCAGCAAGCAAAUGUACAAGCAGUGCAUGAAAGUGUUAAUGAAGAGCGUUUGGUUAUUUCACCACAAAACCCAGCAAGAACAGUGAGCCGAAGUGCAAGUGUGAAGGAAAUUGCCGAAACAAUUCCUGAGUAUGACCCAACUAGCGAGAGCUCGCUUACAGUGACACAAUUUGUAAACAGAGUGGACAGUGCCAUAAGUGCAUACGACUGGGACGAAAAGUGUUUACUUUUGGCUGUGUACAGUAAAUUAAAGGGUGUUGCGCGAAUGUGGUUGGAUGCAGCACCAACAUUUCAUUCAAAUUGGCCUGAUUUGGCAAGAGCUUUGAAGAAUGAAUUUGGUUGCGAAUUUAAUGAAGCGGAAAUACACUCUAAAAUGGCAAGUGCGACACGUAAACAAAAUGAAAAAAUCAUAGAUUAUUGUUUUAGAAUCAGUGGACUCGGUCGACGGUAUGGUCUGACUGAAAGUGCGAUUAUAAAAUACAUUCGCGACGGAUUAAAACACCGUGAGUUGCAGACCGCAAUAGCUGCAUUGAAGUUUAAUACAAUUAAAGAGAUGCGCGAAGCAAUUGAAACUUACCUCCAAAAUGUAUCAUCUACCAAACAAUUCAAAAACGAGUAUAUGAGUGAUCGAAAUAAAGACAGUGUAAAAGAUAUAAAUCGAAGUGCGGUUGAAGCAAAAAGUGUAACGUGUUAUAAUUGCAAAGAGGCUGGGCAUUUCGCGCGGAAUUGCCCCAAACCGCGGCAGCAGCGUAAAUGCAAAGACUGUAGCAAGUUCCACGGUAGUGGCGAGCCAGAAAAUUGUGGAAAAAAAGCAGUAAUUGUUAAGCAUGCACAGAUCCAGCAACCAGCGAAGUUUUGCGAAAAAUCCAUCACUGUAAAUGGUAAGUCGUUAGUAGCUUUUGUAGACACUGGGAGUGAAUGCAGUAUGAUACGACGAUCAGCGGUUGACAGUUUGAAUACCAAAAAGUAUCCAUGCGCUAUAGAAAUAAUAGGUAUUUGCGGUGGUAAACGUGCAUCCACAGACAAGAUUAACGUAAAUAUGACGUUUGAUGAUGUGGCUUUAAAGGUUGAUUUGUUCAUUGUUGACGAUGACAUAUUAUCCAUGGACGUACUUUUGGGGCAAGACAUUUUCAAAAAUGAAGGCGUGGUAGCUGAAAUAAAGAACGACAACUUCGUGUUUACUAUGCAGGUAGCAAAGGUAAAACACCCAGCAGUGAAUUUUAGCGAUAUUAUUUGCAGCAUUGAUGACGAAAUAGUUAAAGCUGACUUGCAAGAAUUAUUAGCAGAAAAUGUCAAUGUGUUUGCAGAAAAACUUAGCGACAUUGGCUUAACUAACGCGACGAAAAUGAAAAUUGAAUUGACAACGAACGUACCGAUUGCUCAAAAACCAUACAGGGUGCCUGAGCCAAAAAAGCAUCUAGUAGCAGAAAUGAUCAACGAACUGUUGGCAAGCGACAUAAUUACCACAUCUAAUUCGGAGUAUGCAAGUCCAAUAAUUUUAGUAAAGAAGAAAACUGGGGAGGAUGCCGUUUGGCUCAGAAAUGCGCCGGCGGUAUUCCAGCGUUUGAUGCAGGGUAUCAAAGAUAGAACUCAACCUGGUGAUAUGAUACACUAUAUGGACGACAUAUUAGUGGGUAGCAACAGCAUAGCCGAGAUGCAUGAGAAGUUGGCGCGAGUUUUUAAGGCAUUGCGUGAAAUAAAUUUGACACUGAAUAUUAACAAAUGCGAGUUUAUGAAGCAGACGAUCGAGUUUUUAGGACAUCAGCUUCACUCAGGUGGCGUAAGUCCAGGCAGUGUGAAAACAGCAGCCGUAAAUAAUUUUUCUACUCCAAAAUCCACAACGGAU